UGAGAAAGUAGAAAUCAUGACUCACAGGCCAGCAAGUAUACAUGUUUUUAGAGAUGACACAAGUGAUUGCAAACAGGCCGGGUACAUGAGACAGCCUGAUGCAGGCACAUGGGGGUCAUCUCUGGCUGGCAGGAAGGUGAGGGAGUCCUCUCUUCUCUGGUCCUGGCUGACUCUGCCUCCGCAAGACAUCACUUGCCCAUUCCCAGCUUCUAUCACCUCAUCCUUAAAGUGACAGAGUAAGUUAACUCUAAGGCCCCAUCCAGGACUCAAGCUGUGUGAUUCUACAAAAAUGAAAAUUAUAUCAAUAAUCCCAUUGUAAAAUCCCAAAAGAAAGUCAAGAGACUAGCAGAAGGAUAGGUGGGUGAUGGGAUAUCCUGGACAGAGCCUGGAUCAUGAGGUCCCCGUGUAGUGCUUGUACUACGCAGAUGUUUCCUCUUGAACUAUUUUAAAGGUGUGGAAAAAGCCAAAGCAAUGCCCUCUCCACGGAUACUAAAGACUCACCUUUCCACUCAGCUGCUGCCGCCGUCUUUCUGGGAAAACAACUGCAAGUUCCUUUAUGUAGCUCGAAAUGCCAAAGACUGUAUGGUUUCCUACUACCAUUUCCAAAGGAUGAACCACAUGCUUCCUGACCCUGGUACCUGGGAAGAGUAUUUUGAAACCUUCAUCAAUGGAAAAGUGGUUUGGGGUUCCUGGUUUGACCAUGUGAAAGGAUGGUGGGAGAUGAAAGACAGACACCAGAUUCUCUUCCUAUUCUAUGAGGACAUAAAGAGGGACCCAAAGCAUGAAAUUCGAAAGGUGAUGCAGUUCAUGGGAAAGAACGUGGAUGAGACAGUGCUAGAUAAAAUUGUCCAGGAGACGUCAUUUGAGAAAAUGAAAGAAAAUCCCAUGACAAAUCGUUCUACAGUUUCCAAAUCUAUCAUGGACCAGUCAAUUUCCUCCUUCAUGAGAAAAGGAACUGUGGGGGAUUGGAAAAACCACUUCACUGUUGCCCAGAAUGAGAGGUUUGAUGAAAUCUAUAGAAAAAAGAUGGAAGGAACAGCCAUAAACUUCUGCAUGGAACUCUGAGCAAGAUGUAAAUAAAAUUAACAGGUGGAUGGCAAGAGUGCAAAUACUAUCUUCAGUCCUUCAGUCCCAGCCAGAAGAAUCUCUGAAAGCAUAUUGUGAAUGUAUACGAUGUAGUACAAAUGAUUUCUGUGAUGAUUAACAGUAUGUCACCACUUCAUUUUUAAAAAGGGAUCAUGUCUAAUGCCCAUUUUCCCAAGUAUUCUUUCCUAAGUAAGAUAUAAGAUAGAUUAAUAAACUAAGUAAAACAUA